UUGUUCUCAUUUUGCAUUUUAAGCAAUGGGUUGUCAAUAAUUUUACAGUUCAAAACGAAUUAUGCUACUGUUUUUAGAAUUGGGUGUUUGAGCGGAACAAGCAACCCUUCUGUUCUGUAGUCUAUUGUUAUUUAACUUUUUCUCUUUGUUUUUUUUUUUUUUAAUAUGAAACUUUUUCAUCAGCGUUUGAAAAUGAUAUAUUUUUGUCGGAGGUUGAAUGGUUUUGUGGAGUAGAUUUGAAGCAAAGCUGGAAGAAUGAUGAGCAGUGUCCCUUUUUCUCUUCAACUACUGAGACUGCGAUUUCUUGGAUUAGGGUUUAGUUUUUAUUUUUUAGACCUUGGUUCGGUGGUAUAUACAUUCCUUUCUCUAUUAUCAUUCGAUUCUCCAGUGCGAGAUGAUGUUUCUGUGAAGUCUUGCGGGGUUUUAUUGCAUUAUUAAAUUGAGAGAUGGAUCGCCGGAGUUGGCUGUGGAGAAGAAAGUCUUCCGAGAAGAGCCCUGGCGAAACCGAAAGCUCAGGAUCAAUAUCUUCUCAUUCAGAAAGAUUCUCGGAUGAUCAGGACACAUUAAGGGCAUCUCCAAAUCAUCGUACUCAAUCACCAGAGGUCACAUCCAAAGUCUCGGUUAGUGGUGAAGAUGUUACUGAUGAUGUGAAGAGUCUGAAAGAGAAGCUAUCAGCUGCACUUUUGAACAUCAGUGCCAAAGAGGACUUGGUGAAGCAGCAUGCUAAAGUUGCAGAGGAGGCUGUUUCAGGCUGGGAGAAGGCAGAAACUGAAGUGGUAGCUUUAAAGCAACAACUAGAAACUUCUGCACAGAAGAACUCAGCCCUUGAGGAUCGUGUAAGCCACCUUGAUGGUGCCCUCAAGGAGUGUGUACGACAGCUCCGUCAGGGCAGAGAAGAGCAAGAGCAGAAGAUCCAUGAAGCCGUUGUCAAGAAAACCCGUGAAUGGGAAUCUGCAAAGUUUGAGCUUGAGAGGCAGCUUGUUGAGCUCCAGAUCCAAGUUGAAGCUGCAAAAGCCAAAGCUGCUAUAAAUCCUGACCUCCGGCUGAGGCUUGAGGCUGCAGUGAAAGAAAAUGCUGCCCUCAAGCAGGAGCUUCUUGCUCAAGUUGAGGAUCUAGAAGUUAGGACUCUGGAAAGGGACCUAAGUACCCAAGCAGCGGAAACUGCUAGUAAGCAACAUUUGGAAAGCAUAAAGAAGGUGGCUAAGCUUGAGGCGGAGUGCCGUAAACUAAAAGCUACAUCUCGGAAGGCAUCCUCUAUUAAUGAUCACAGGUCCAUUGCUGCUUCUUCAAUUUACGUUGAAUCACUGACAGAUAGCCAGUCAGACGGUGGGGAGCGGUUACUUGCAGUCCAGGCUGAUUCCAGCAAAAUGAUUACAUUGGAACUCAAUGAGUGUGAGCCAAGCUGUUCAGAUUCAUGGGCAUCGGUUCUAAUAGCAGGGCUUGAUCAGUUCAAGAAUGACAAGGCCAUUGGUAGGAACCUUGUGGCCUCUUCUGCAGAAAUUGAUCUCAUGGAUGAUUUCCUUGAGAUGGAGAGGCUUGUAGCCCUGCCAGAAACGGAGAGUAGAGGCUAUGGCCUCGAGUCCGGAGUUGUUUCAGACCAACUACGUGGUGGAGAUAGCACAUUAAAAGCCGAGCUUGAGACAAUGAUUCAGCGAACAGCUGACUUGGAAGAGAAGUUAGAGAUGAUUGAAACAGAGAAAGAAGGGCUCAAUGCAGCUUUGGCCGAGAGUCAAAGUCAACUUGAGACAUCACAGGGUCAACUAAGGGUGGUUGAGGAGAAGUUGGCGGAGCUGCAGAGGCAGCUAGGUCUGGCCAAUGAAUUGAAGAAAGCUUUUGAGAUAGAAGUCAAAGCUGCCACUGCAAAGAGAGAAGAAGUGGAGACACAACUUGUAAGUGUAGAUGCAGAGGUUCACACUUUGUAUGCAAAGGUAGAUUCAUUAGAAGCAGAGCUUGAAAAGGAGCAUGCAUUGUUGUCAGAACUCACAGCUAAAUGUGGGAAAUUGGAGAAUGAGCUAUCAAGAAAGAGAAAAGAAGCUGAGUUAUGCCAAACACCGAGUUCCAAUGGCGAGUUGAAGAUAAAGCAGGAAGAGGAGUUGGUGGUAGCUGCAGGAAAGCUAGCGGAAUGUCAGAAGACCAUUGCAUCUCUUGGACGGCAGUUGAAAUCACUAGCUACACUGGAAGACUUCCUAAUUGAUUAUGAGAAGCCGCUGGAGCUUAGCGUAGGAGGAUCACCCAUACCAAGAGGUGGAGAGCCAUGGAAAUUACAUUCAAAUGAUGCUUAUCUAGCCAGAAGUGAAGCUGAUUCUUCAAAAGUAGUUGGUGAUGGCUCUGGUUGUGUGAACGGUAAAGUUGGGGAAUCUCCACCAUCGUCUGGAUCAUCUUCAUCAGCCUCGUCAGUAAACAAUGCAAUCGCCCCUGAGAAAAGCCGAAAUGGGUUUGGGAAAUUGUUCUCUCGGAGUAAAAGCAGUACCCGUGUGGAAAACCAGUGAAAAAAUGAAAAGACACAGAUUGAGGAUACCUUGUCAUUGGAGUUUGUAAAGGAGAGGGUUUACUGUUGUUUUAUUUAAUGAAUUUGUCAAUUAAUUGUUUGUUAA